AUGGCUUCUUCGUCUGUUCCAUCUUCAUCUCGACCUCAAUACACAUAUGAUGUGUCUGUUCCAGCUUCAUCUCGACCUCAAUACACAUAUGAUGUGUUCUUGAGCUUUAGAGGCGAAGACACCCGUGAUAACUUCGUCAGUCAUCUUUACACUGCGUUGGCUCAGAAGGGGAUUCACACCUUCAAAGAUGAUGAAAAGCUCGCGAGAGGAAAAGCGAUUUCGCCCGAGCUCCGAAGGACUAUUCGAGAAUCGAGGUUUUUAAUCGUGGUUUUAUCGAAGAAUUACGCUUCUUAG